CCACCGUACUGUUUGUAGGCACCUCUCUUUAUUAGCUUCUCUUCACAUUCGCAUACUUUUUCAAAUCAGAUAACCUUGUGUUUUAUAUCAGUGAGACAGCGAAUGCUUUGAUUGACACCGCUGGAGUUUAUGCGAACACCUAAACGCCUCUUAGCUGUAGAAACGCGGAGCAUAAAUAGCGUCGUGUCCUAUUUAGAGCUCAGCUAAUUAGCGCAUCUCUUUCGGCCUGAUCGGCUCCGCAGGAUGUCGUACAGGAGAACUUUGAAACUUAUUUGCGGCUUCGCCGGGGGAUCUGCUGCGCUCGUGUUCGCGGCUGCGGCCGCCGAUUCCCGCGGCUACUUCGGGGAGAACCGUGGGAGCGGAGCGAGCCGGUGGUCCGGUUUGGCCGUCCUUUACGCAGCGCAGCCAGGCUGGAGCCCUGGCAGCCACACGCCAACCCCGACCGGACCAGGCUGGGACUCCAACUGGGACAAGAGAGACCCAUCUGUGCUGUCCAACGGAAGGAGGAAGAAGGAGAGCGUGACUGAAGACCCCAGCUCAGAGCAGGACAACAGCAAGCCCAAAGCAACGCGCCACAUACUGCUCAUCAGGCAUUCCCAGUACAACCUGAGCGGAAACGGCGACACGGAGCGGAUCCUCACACCUUUAGGCCGGGAGCAGGCGGAGUUAACGGGUCAGAGGCUAGCGGCGUUGGGUUUGAAAUACGACGUUCUUAUCCACUCCAGCAUGACCAGGGCUACUGAGACCGCACAUAUCAUCAGCAAACACAUCCCAGGUGUGGAGCUGGUGAGCUGUGACCUGCUGAGAGAGGGGGCCCCUAUAGAACCGGUUCCACCAGUCACCCACUGGAAGCCCGACGCUGUGCAGUACCACGAAGACGGAGCUCGCAUUGAGGCAGCCUUCCGCCGCUACAUCCACCGGGCUGACCCCAAGCAGAAAGAGGACAGCUAUGAGAUCAUCGUGUGUCAUGCCAAUGUCAUCCGUUAUUUUGUCUGCAGGGCGCUGCAGUUCCCCCCUGAGGGCUGGCUGCGUAUGGGCUUACACAACGGCAGCAUCACCUGGCUCACCAUCCGGCCCAGUGGCAGGGUGGCCCUCAGGACUCUGGGAGACGCAGGAUUUAUGCCUCCAGACAAACUAACACGGACCUAAAGGCUCAGAGUAAAGCAGAUUUUUUUUUAAUGAAAAUUUGGGUUUCAGGGUUAAAACUUUUUUUUUUUCCUCAAGUGUCUUGAAAAAUCAACUUUUUAUGAAUUAUUUUCUAAAUCAAGCAUCAAAUGCCAUCGCCAAGAGUAUUAACAGCUGCAUUGCAACUUCUGCUGAAUGUAAUUCAUGAAUUUUACACAAGUGACUCAUUUUUGAACCAAAAUAAAGAAAAUAAGGUCUAUUUAUCUGGCUAGCUGCCCAUGCAUUUCAUGUUAGCUUUAGCUAUUUUGAUAAAGGUGAGACAUGUUUAAUGUAUUGUGGUAAAUAAAUUAUUUC